AUGUCCCUCGAACCAUCAGUUGAUCAAAAGGGAGCGGUGGAGGUCGACGUUAGUAGGGAAACUCCUCGCCAGUCUUCACCAAUCGGGCCCGGCAACGUGCCGCCUUCGGCGUGGAAUCCCACACCAUUUUUCAGGAGUACUCUCUUCCAGAUACUCGUUGUUGGUCUCUGCGCUUUCUGUGCGCCGGGAAUAUGGAGCGCCAUGAACGGACUUGGGGUCGGCGGCUCGCAAAGUCCAGAUCUGGUCAACGCAGCGAAUGCCCUCCUUUACGCCUUCAUGACGUUGACUUGCUUCGCUGGUCCGUUUCUUACCAACCUGAUUGGAUUCCGCUGGACUUUGGCAGUUGGUGCUCUCGGGUAUCCCCUCUAUGCAGCCGGCCUCUACGUCAACAAUCGGACAGGCGGAACAUGGCUCGUCUACUUCGGCUCGGUUGCCUGCGGCAUAAGUGCCGGAUUCUUCUACAGUGUCGAGGGAGCGAUUGCUACGGCAUAUCCUGAACAUCACAAACGAGGCCAUUACGUCGCGACGUGGUUUACCUUUCCCAACUUUGGCAUGAUUAUUGGUGGCGCCAUCUCGUUGGCACUCAACCACAAGGUCAACCAGAAGGGCAAGGUUGGAUACGAGCUGUACCUUGCCUUUAUCGGCAUACAAUGUCUCGGAUUCUUCUUUGGUCUCUUCCUGUCCAAUCCUGACAAGGUUAUGCGGGAUGACGGAAGUCGCAUCGAAGCGCCGAGAGGUAUUCAUUGGCGGACAGAGCUCAUCGAAAUGUGGAAGCUACUUAGAAGCCGUUCGAUUCUUUUAUUGACGCCCCUCUUCUGCGUGCGCUCGAGGGCGCUAGGCAGCUUCGUUGCAGCUAUCGUGAGCACCUUUCCUACAUGGGUCGGCGGAUCUCUUGUGGACCUCCCGUGGUCUAAGAAUCGCCAGACACGAGCUCUGGCAACAUACUCCCUGAUUGUUUGUCUCAAUACUGCCACCUGGAUAUGGGCCGUCAUUAUCCAAAAUGAGUAUCGAUUCACGCUACCUGUCUUGGAUUGGGCCUUUCAGAGCGAGUUCGGACGAGGGUUCGGGCUUUAUCCCAUCGACUGCGAGCUGACUCGAUGGGAUAUGCUUGAAAGAGCGUCUCUUGGCAUGAUCGAAAACUUCAUCUACUGGGCUAUCGGAAAUCUAUCGGACUCGCCUGGCGACCAGAUUCGGCAUAGCUCUUUGCUUCGUGGCAUCGAGACGGCAGCAGUAGCCGUGGGUUUCGGGAUCCAAGCCGUUCCAACCCCUCUCAUUGCUACAGCAAGAAUCAAUUGCGGUCUUUGGUUUAUCGCCCUACCAUUCAGCUAUUUUGCCACUCUUCAAGUUGUGAAGAAGUUCAAAGAGCAGGGCCGGAUGCUGGACCGGAUGCAGGAGGGAGUAGGAAUUGUGGGACAGAAAGUCUAG